CGCUGCUGCCGCAAGACGUCCUCUUCUUUUCCCUUCAUCUUCCUCCUCCUCGUCUCGCCACCCAACCGCAGGCAGAUCCAUCUAGGCUAAGGUUAGCUAGCAGCGAGAUGGGGAUCAUCAAGAAGAAGCUGUCGAAGACCGACAAGAAGCACGCGUACGACAAGAAACUGUGCCAGCUCCUCGACGAGUACCCCAAGGUGCUCGUCGCGUCGGCGAACCACGUCGGCUCCACCCAGCUCGCGGCCAUCCGCAGGGGCAUCCGCGGCGAGUCCGUCAUGCUCAUGGGGAAGAACACCCUCAUCCGCCGCUGCAUCAACGUCCACGCCGUGGACACGGGCAACGAGAACAUCAAGGCACUCGUACCCCUCCUCCAAGGAAACGUCGGUCUCAUCUUCACCAAGGGUGACCUCAAGGAGGUGCGCGAGGAGGUCGCCAAGUACAAGGUUGGAGCACCUGCUCGUGUUGGUCUGAUUGCUCCAAUCGACGUGGUGGUUCCCGCUGGAAAUACUGGUCUGGAUCCCACCCAAACUUCGUUUUUCCAGGUUCUUAACAUCCCCACCAAGAUCAACAAGGGCACUGUGGAAAUCAUUGCAAACGUGGACCUGAUCAAGAAGGGUGACAAGGUGGGCUCGUCCGAGGCUGCCCUGCUUGCCAAGCUCGGUAUCCGGCCAUUCUCGUAUGGACUUGUGAUCACCCAGGUCUACGACGAUGGGUCCGUCUUCAGUCCUGAGGUUCUUGACCUCACCGAGGAAGACCUUAUGGAGAGGUUUGCGUCUGGUGUUUCCAUGGUUGCCUCACUGUCCCUGGCCGUCUCGUACCCAACUAUGGCUGCUGCUCCACACAUGUUCCUCAAUGGGUACAAGAACGUGCUUGCUGUUGCUUUGGAGACAGAUUACUCGUACCCUCAUGCUGAUCAGAUCAAGGAGUAUCUCAAGGACCCCAGCAAGUUUGCCGUUGCUGCUCCGGUUGCUGCCGCGCCGUCUGGUGGUGCUGCGGCUGCCGCCGAGGAGGAGAAGAAAGAGGAAUCCGACGGUGAAUCUGACGCUGAGGGACUAGGCUUGAGCCUGUUCGACGACUGAUAAGCUUCACCAUUUUAUCUCGCCAAGUUGCCAGUUUGAUCGUAGAUAUAUGAGUGCGAUCUUUGACCUUAGUUGGCACCUCAAGCUCUUUGCUGGACAAAAAAUCACGCUGGACUGCAGUGUGUAUUUGCUAAUAGUUUCGUCAGGCUAUGCAGUUAUGUUGGUAUUGCUUUGCUUUCUCGUAUGUGAGAUGCUCUGGUUUCUCGUGUGUGUCUUUCUACUGUGCUGUGGCGAUUCAUUUUCUGCUGAGGAUUUUGGCAAGAAAGCGUACAAAAGGUAGCUCAUGCGGAUUAGGCCGGCACUUGGUCCCGUUGCAGAGGCCGAAGGGGAUGCUUCUUUUCGAAAAUAAUAAGAAAAACUUUGUCCU